AUGGAUCUUUCUUGGCCAAUUACAGGAAAUAAUAAAGGGAAGAAAAAUCCUUCAUUGUUCACUUCAAUUGAAUUACUUAAUUAUGUACCUGAUGAACUACACAUUUUAUUACGAAUAACAGAUGUAUUAAUGGAGUGCAUAAUAAAUUCUACAUCAGCAAUUCCAGGGCUUUAUAGAAAGGAGGAUGUUACUCCAUAUAUGCAUAUUCUUACAAUGCAUGUGCCUUUUUUUUUGCGUAAUUUAAACAACCAAGGUCUUUCAUUUAGAUUAUUUUCAACAAGUAGCAUUGAAAAAAAAAAUCAUGAACAAGUCAAGUUGUUUUUUGGUGGCACUACAAUGGGAGGUGGUAACAAAACAAAGCCUGUUGUUUAUGAUAUGAUGGUAUUUGAAAAUAGGCAAAUAUUUUAUUUGCUUAAUAAAGCUCCAAAAGAAAUUACAUGUAAAAGUAUCACUAUAUCUAAUGAUUAA